AACAAUAUUUAAGAUGCUGAGUUUGUAGGGGAUUCAGGCUUAGGAAGGAAAGCUAUAGGAUACCCAAUUAAGCUGCACUUUCAGAAACUCAAGAUUUGAGAAAGGCUAGCAAAGAGCAAGGCAAGAGAGAAAACAAUAAAGUCGGAAGCCCAUCAAGAGUGAAAGGGUAAGGUUACAAUUAGCUGCAGUUCUGCAAACCUUAGCUGGCCAUAUCCAGAUUCCCCCAAAGGAAGAUCCUUCCUCACCCAGGCCCAAGAAAGAUGCUGAAAAAGACUCUCUCAGCUGUGACCUGGCUCUGUAUUUUCGUCGUGGCCUUUGUCAGCCACCCAGUGUGGCCGCAGAAGCCCCCUAAGCUCAAGACACCUGCACAGCUCAAAGUGGCCACCUGCUGCGAGGAGGUGAAGGAGCUCAAGGCCCAAAUUGCCAACCUAAGCAGUCUGCUGAAUGAACUGAGCAAGAAGCAGGAGAGGGACUGGGUCAGCGUGGUCAUGCAGGUGAUGGAACUGGAGAGCAACACCAAGCGCAUGGAGUCGCGGCUCACAGACGCCGAGAGCAAGUACUCCGAAAUGAACAAUCAGAUUGACAUUAUGCAGCUGCAGGCAGCGCAGACUGUCACUCAGACCUCAGCAGAUGCCAUCUAUGACUGCUCGUCCCUCUACCAGAAGAACUACCGCAUCUCUGGAGUGUAUAAGCUUCCUCCCGAUGACUUCCUGGGCAGCCCUGAGCUGGAGGUAUUCUGUGACAUGGAGACAUCAGGCGGCGGCUGGACCAUCAUUCAGAGACGAAAGAGUGGCCUUGUCUCCUUCUACCGGGACUGGAAGCAGUACAAGCAGGGCUUUGGCAGCAUCCGUGGGGACUUCUGGCUGGGGAAUGAACAUAUCCACCGGCUCUCCAGAAGGCCAACCCGGCUACGUGUGGAGAUGGAGGACUGGGAGGGUGACCUGCGCUACGCUGAGUACAGCCACUUUGUUUUGGGCAAUGAACUGAACAGCUAUCGCCUCUUCCUGGGGAACUACAGUGGCAACGUGGGGAAGGACGCCCUCAUCUAUCACAACAACACCGCCUUCAGCACCAAGGACAAGGACAACGACAACUGCUUAGACAAGUGCGCACAGCUCCGCAAAGGUGGAUACUGGUACAACUGCUGCACAGACUCCAACCUCAAUGGAGUCUACUACCGCCUUGGAGAGCACAACAAGCACCUGGACGGCAUCACCUGGUACGGCUGGCACGGGUCCAGCUACUCCCUCAAACGAGUGGAGAUGAAAAUCCGCCCAGAAGACUUCAAGCCCUAAAAGGAGGCCUGCUGUGGAGGAGGGCUGGAGAAAUGGAGACAGAUGGAGGCU